UUCGGGGUCGGCGAGCUAGCAAACAGUUUUACGCGAGAGCACCGUAUAGUCGCACGUGUCGUCUUAUACCACCACCGUGUCUCUAGCAGUACACACACGCGCACACACACAGUCACGCUCACGUUUGCAAUCGCGCGGUUACCACCACCGUUCAAUAUGAUCAACAUACAAUCGCUCAACACGUUCACGCUGCGCAAGCGGCAGAAGGUCUCCGUCAGGCGAAUGCUCUUCGGACCCGUCAACCACGAGGAGACGAAGAAGGGUCUGCAGAAGGAGAUGGCCAAGAUAUGCGACGCCGAUCGGCAGCGAUGGAACUUCGACUUCGCGCGCGAGACGCCGCUGCCGGGCAGCUUCGCCUGGGAGCGAGUGCCGCUGCAGUGCGCCGACGUGCAUCCGUCGUACGGCAUGGACCGUCUGCCGUUCAUCGGCGGCAAGUUGCAGUACGACUACGAUUGCGACGUGGCGCUGCUCUCGCCCGACGCGCGGCCGCGCACGCCCGAGCGCGACGCCGAGGACAGCGAGAAUCAUCGCGUCUUCCGGUUCGGAUCGGACGUCGUCGGCGACAGCACGCGGCUGCGUUCGCCGUCGCCGACAGCCGCGACGACCGAGGAGAGCAGGACGUUGACGGAAGCGGACGAUUCGCGACGCGCGACACGACAGCAGCAGACGGUGCCGCAGCGGCAGCAGCAGACGGUGCCGCAGCGACAGCGCACACUCACAGACUUCUACAGAUCUGUGAAGAGACCCUACAACGAGUCAUCACUGAUGGCAGGCAGUAAGCGGGCGCGCCGUUCGUGAUGCGUAGAGAGCUGAUGCGACUCCAUGUAAAUACAGGCGCGGUGGUAACUUGAGCUAAACCGAUGCAACCUGUCCGGCGGAUGAUGUUCCACUCAGAGGAAUGCUGCGAUGCUGCUGGCGGCACCCGAAAACACGAAGCGGUUCGGCCAGCCGAAGUCCCGGGAACCGAAGUCCGUUACGCCCGGCCUCAGCGCCCCCUGAUGACAGACAGAACGCACACAGUGGUUGCAUUUGCGUGCGCCUCUGCUACAUUCAUUCGCGAGAAGUAACAAACUCGUAAUUGUAUGGGAAAUGCGAUCAUUUCUCUUAUUCACGAUUACUACUUCGGUGACGUUUUUUUCUGUUGUAAUAUAAAAGAUAUCACUGGAUUGUUUAUUCCACAGAGACCCAUCUAGAGGCCACUGAGAGAUUUUUGCUAAUUAAACUACUUUAGAAAUAUUGAGAUUUAUGCUGGCGUUGAAAUUACCUUCGUGUUCUUGUUGUAUUAUAUAGAGCGCAAUUGUUGUGUAUAUAUGAAGCAAUCUAACAGUAUAUUGGACUAUAGAGAGUAGUAAUUAACGAUACGACAGUAUUCCGCUGUAAAAUCUGAUCUCAAUAUUUUACCGUGUAUUGUAUAGGCCGCGUCCUGUCUCGAAAUAUCUUACCCAAUUUACCUGCCGCUUUCAGCUACUUCUAUUGCUGAUUGCCAUAGCUGAAACUGAUCGCACAUCUUAUUUAUUGCAUCAGUUGUCACGGCCCCCUCAGACAACGACUGAUCUCGUUCUACAAAUCCCAUACGCUUAGCGCGUGAUACCGCACCGAAGAUUCCCACUCGCACACGCGUGGGUAUAUUUCUUUCUAAUCAUAAGAAUGUGAUCGAGAUUACGGUUUGUGUAGAUGUUUUGUAUGAUUCUUUACUACCUAUGUAAAAAAAAUAAACCAUCAAUAAAAAAAACGCGUUUGCCUGUAA